AUGUCUACUGCAGGUAUCCAUUCAAAGGUCCAAGAAGUCAAGGACUUAACUAGAAUUGAGAGAAUCGGAGCUCACUCCCAUAUCAGAGGUCUCGGUCUUGAUGAUAGCUUAGAACCAAGAAAGAUUUCCCAAGGUAUGGUCGGAUAAUUAAGAGCAAGAAAGUCAGCAGGUAUCAUUCUCACUAUGAUUAGAGAGGGAAAGAUCGCAGGUAGAGCUAUUUUGAUCGGAGGUCAGCCAGGUACAGGAAAAACCGCCAUAGCUAUGGGUAUGGCUAAAUCGCUAGGAGAAGAGACUCCAUUCACUAUGCUUGCAGGUUCUGAAAUCUUUUCACUUGAGAUGUCCAAGACUGAGGCACUCACUCAGGCAUUCAGAAAGUCAAUCGGUGUGAGAAUUAGAGAAGAGGCAGAAAUCAUUGAAGGAGAGGUCGUUGAGAUUGAAAUCGACAAGUCAGUUUCAAGUGGAGCCAAGACAGGAAAGAUCACUCUUAAGACUACCGAAAUGGAAACAGUAUAUGAUCUAGGUCAAAAGAUGAUUGAAGCCAUUCAAAAGGAGAAGAUCGUUGCAGGAGAUAUUAUUACUAUUGAUAAGGCUUCAGGAAAGAUUUCCAAGCUUGGAAGAUCAUUCUCAAGAAGCAGUGACUAUGACAAUGUAGGUCCACAAACUAGAUUCGUUCAAUGCCCAGAAGGAGAACUCUAGAAGAGAAAGGAAGUUGUGCACACUGUGACUCUUCAUGAAAUCGAUGUUAUCAAUAGCAGAACUCAGGGUUUCCUAGCACUAUUUGCUGGAGACAUCGGAGAAAUCAAGCCCGAAGUUAGAGAACAAAUUGACCAAAAAGUCGCUGAGUGGAGAGAAGAAGGCAGAGCUGAGAUCGUGCCAGGAGUCCUUUUCAUCGAUGAGGUCCAUAUGCUUGAUAUUGAGUGCUUCUCUUUCCUUAACAGAGCUCUUGAAAGCGAUCAGGCUCCCGUCGUUAUCAUGGCAACCAACAGAGGUAUUACUAAGAUCAGAGGUACCGAGUACUUAAGUCCUCAUGGUCUCCCCAUCGAUCUCUUGGACAGAGCUUUGAUCAUCACCACUGACCCAUACAACCAAAAGGAAAUCUAAUAAAUUCUAGAGAUUAGAUGUCAGGAAGAGGAUGUUGAGAUAACUGAAGAUGCAAUGUCUCUUCUGACUAAGAUUGGCAAGGAGUCAUCUCUCAGAUACGGUAUUCACUUGAUUACAGCCUCCAAUUUAGUAGCAAUAAAGAGAAAGUCUCAUGAAGUCGAUGUAUAAGAUAUUAGAAAGGUGUACUCGCUAUUCGUUGACAUCAAGAGAAGUGUGCAGUUCCUAAAAGACUUCGAGAAGGAGUUCAUGUUCCACGAGGUGUCGAAAGAAGAACUUGAGGCAAUGGACACUAACUGA